AUGCAACAAGAAACACAAUCAAAUGAAGCUCAAUGGAGGAACCAGCAACUAGGACAGCUUGGAGGCGACCUCGCCGCGGCAGCAGCCUCGGCGUCCCUAGUGACACCUGCAGUGGCAAUAAUUGAUAGAGCGCUUGUCGAGCAAGCUGCCUUCAAACAACCCAUCCUCCGCGGACUUCGUCGGCAUGCCCUUGGGGCCCUCCGGCAGCCGAGUCUGUUUGUCUUCCAACGACCCUUCGGUAUCGUCUGGGCCCUCUACGCGGCAACUUAUUCCGUCGCAAAUGUGACCGACACAAUCAGUCGCAAAUUUGAGAUAACAGCCGCGGGGACGAUCACUUUUGCCACGACUAUGAUGGCGAACGUACCGCUAGCGCUGUGGAAGGACAUCCGAUUUGCGGAGGAGUACGGUACCGGCAACGGUCCCGAUGCCAAGACAUCGAAAGCAAGUGUCUGUGUACUCCCCCAGAACAAAUCAUUGGCACGAACUGCAGCUGCUAUAUUUCUCGUACGAGAUGGUGUGACCAUCUUUGGGUCAUUUACGUUGGCCCCGUGGCUGUCGGAUGCCAUCCCCGACAGCUUGGCGGCCCAUCCCCACGCAAAGCCGAUCAUCACGCAGUUGACCGUGCCAGUCCUGACCCAGCUAGUUGCUACUCCGCUGCAUUUGCUGGCAUUGGAUAUGUAUACGCGACAAUAUACUAUGCCUUUUCUCGAAAGGGUGAAGCAUUCGCAGCAAUAUCUUCCCUCGUCCACUUUGUUACGUUGUUUCCGCAUCAUUCCUGCGUUUGGGAUUGGGUGCUUGACGAAUAUGGAGUUGCGGUCUGCUUUUCAUGCCAACUUAUCAGGUUGA